GAAAAGGAAACAAAUUGUUGAACUUGAGAAGAUGCGACAGGAAAAGGAACUGCUUCUUAAGGAGGAAGCUGCUGCAACCCAAGCUGCGUUAGACGCCAUGAAGAAAGCUCAUGAGACAGAACUGAAGAGGGAAAGAGAAAAGUUUGUUGCUCAACUCUCACUCACCUACAGUCAUGCUGAUAUUCAAGAUAUGCAGAAGAAACACGAAGAGGAGAUAGCCUUCAUACAAAGCGAAUUGAUGAAGUUAUCCGAACAGUUCACAGUUAAAUGCAUCGAACAUGCAACACUCGUUGAACGAAUGAAAGCACAAACUUCACUACUGCACCAAUGCAGGCACAGGGUUCAGGAACUUAUUGAGAGGAACGAGGAACUAACGUCACACUUGAAACAAGAAGUUGAGCUGAUGAACAAAAAAUUAAAUAAUUGUUACUCUGGUGACCAGAACUUCAAGGAAAUCGUGAAGCAUUUGCAGCAGUCUGAACUGAUGCAGGUGAGAGAGGCCUUAUUCUCAACUCAACUGAAACUUCAAAUCAAAAAUGAUGAAUUAAAAGAACUGGGCGACAAAUACAACCAGCUAUAUGCGGUUGUAUGUCGAAGCAAACAAAGCAACAACGGUAUCCAUAGUGGUAGCGGCGACAGCAGUAUUGGUGGUAGCUGCGGUGGAUGGAGUAGUAGUAGUGGUAGAGGCGGUGCGUAUCUAUCAAGAGAAAGUCUGGCUGAGUUAUCUGCUGAAGCUGUUUCAACUGCCGAUGACAAGGAUCUCAUAUUUGAUUGGUCGUUUCCGAACGCGACCUCACGCCUGAUUGAUCCGAAAGAAUUGCCCAAGGACAGUUUAAGCAAUCCAAUGAUGACGAGGAAAACGUCAUGGAAGUUUAAAAAUAAGAGCAAGCUAUCUUCUCAGAAAAAAGACAUUAACAUCGCUAACAAUAACAGCAAUGAAUCGAGCAAUAAUAGUAAUAACAAUAAUAAGAAUAGUAAUAAUGAUAACAAUAAUAAUUAUGACAAUGAUGUUCGUUCUAGAAGGUUGUUUCUAGAAAAAUCGAAAUCAGUCGACUCCGACCACUCCAUCUUAUCGACGUUCAUUCCCGAUGGCGUCAGCGAUGAUGACGUAAGCAGCGCCAGCCACAACAGCCACAAUAACGUCAAAAAUAAUAAAAAUAACAAUAACGACAGUAAUAAUAAUAAUAAUAAUGUUAGCGGUGUAGAUGAUUUCAAUGAAGUUGUAAACCUCACCAACGUUGAUUGCCAAAUCAUCGGAAAAAGUAAAAAUGAAGAUGAUAUUGAUGGUGAUGAAAAUGAUGAUGGUGAUGAUGGUAAAGAAACUGGCGGUUAUGAUGAGCAUAUUGGAAAAAAUUUAAUCGAUUUCUCCGAUAUGGAAAGUAAAUUCCAUGUCGGCAAACAUGGUUCAAAAUCAUACAUUCACCCUAGAAAUGUUUACGGGGUUUCUAAUAAUAAUGAUGACGACGAUAUGAAACAUCAUGUGAUCUUAAUUCUACUCAUUAUUUCAAAAAAAUAUGUUAAUGAGCUGGAAAAAAUUAUUUUGUGCCUGCUAUAGUGAACAUUUUCUGAAUGUCCAACUUUUUAUAAUGAUAACGUGAGAUCUUUUUGUUCGUGCUUAACUUGCCCUCUAAGAAAUUUUUAUGAAUGUUUAUUCAUUGUAAUAUUUUAUCAUUAAACAUUUUAUUAUUAAUAAUUUUUAAUACAUUAAUAAUGUUAUUUAUUCUUAUUCAGUUGGUAUAAUUAUUAUUGUACGUAUGUUAAUUAACCAUAUCAGUUUCAAGUGAGUUUUUCUGUAGCAAAGUUGUAGCCUUCUGAAUUUGACUUUGUGAGCAAUGCCACGAUCAAUGCAUUGGUGAUUUUUGAAGCAGCAUUAGUAAACUGAUUAAAAGUUAUUGAAUUGUCUUUUUUUCUCAUUAACAAAUAUUUAUUUCUAUUGCAUAUUUUAUUUAUCCUAAAGCAUAUCAUUUGGUGCGUUCUUAAAAUUGUGAGAAUUUUGAGAGAAUA